AUGGCGUCCAAGUCGGCGCUCUCCAAGAGCACCCGUAUCAAAAUUAUGAUCGGUAUUGAUACGGCCUUCUUCCUCCUCGAACUCAUCACCGGCUUCGUCGUCCAUUCGCUCGCUCUUACCGCCGAUGCCUUCCACAUGCUCAACGACAUCAUCUCGCUCAUUAUCGGUCUAUGGGCUGUUGUCGCUUCGCAAAAGGAAACUACCGAUGAAUUCACCUUUGGCUGGGUUCGCGCCGAGAUUCUUGGUGCCUUCUUCAAUGCCGUUUUCCUCAUCGCCCUCUGCGUUUCCAUUAUCCUCGAAGCCCUCACCCGAUUCGUUGAGCCUCCCGAGAUUACUCAGCCCAAGCUCAUUCUCAUGGUCGGUACUGCCGGUCUCAUCUCCAAUUUGCUCGGUUUCGUCGUGCUCGGUGGCCACGGCCAUGACCACGGUCACGGCGACGAAGAAAACGGCCACGACCACGCUCAUGACCACGGCCACUCGCAUAGCCACGACAUUGAUCAAGACCGUCGCAACUUCGCCGACGAGUCCGGCCCCGUUGAAGAUGUCUACCCCGACGUCGUCGUCGGCAAAGUCGCCGCCGCCGCCCAAGCCCGCGCCUCCUCCGAGAGUCAGAACCGAGGCCGCCGCCUCUCCGCCAAGGGCCAACAGCACUCGCGCUUCACAAGCAUUGAUGAUAUGAGCAUCCACCCGUCUAGCUUCCGCCAGGAGAUCAUUGCCGCCGCUCAGCACUCGUCUCCCGCUCCCCAGGAUACUGAAUCCUCCAAUGAGCCUACCGCCGACGAGGCCGAGCCCACCGAGAAUUCGCCUCUACUCAGAGACUCCAAGGGCAAUAACGGCGCAACUGCCAUCAAGCCUCAUACAUCCAAAUCUAAGCAACGACCACGCCGAAACUCGAGCAUCCACGCCGGCCACAACCACAGACAGCCUCAGAAGCCUGGCAAGACCACUGGUCAUAAUCAUGCCGAUAUGGGUAUGAACGCCAUGAUGCUCCACGUCCUCGGCGAUGCCCUCGGCAAUGUCGGCGUCAUUGCUACUGCCCUGGUCAUAUGGCUCACCGACUGGCCCGGCAAGGUUUAUGCCGAUCCCGCCGUCUCGCUCUUCAUCACCCUCAUCAUUCUCAAGACCUCUAUUCCACUCACGCUUGCCACCUCGCGCAUCUUGCUCCAGGCCACCCCUGAGAACAUCAGCAUCAAGGAUAUCCGGGAGGAUAUUGAAAGGCUACCUGGCGUCGUCAGCUGCCAUCACAUCCAUGUCUGGCAGCUCUCUGACACCAAGAUUGUCGCCAGCAUGCACCUCCAGGUUGAGUUCCCAAUCAAUACUCACAGCGGCGAAAAGUACAUGCAGCUCGCCAAGCGUGCACGUAACUGCCUGCACGAGUUUGGCAUCCACAGUGCUACCAUUCAGCCCGAGUUUUGCCUCGAUCAAGAUCACGAGCACCUCAGAGACGCUGCUGCACUGACCCUUGACGGCCAAAAUGACCCAACUGCUCCCUGCCUGCUUGAGUGCAUCGAUGAUUGCCAGGGUCAGGGUUGCUGCGUUGCGGAGGGGUCCUCCAAGUCACCUUCUGUUCGACGUGCCAGUGACUCUUCGAAUACAGCCGCUUAA